CUGAUGGACUCAGCGAGGGCUGGAAGAUCACAGUGUGGCUGAAAACAAAAGGGAGUUAACAAGAUGUGACCAGUCAAUGGAAGAAACAAUAGGCGGAAGCCUCCACAUUGUCUAGUGCCCAGGUGUCCUUCCCAUGCACAGGUAGCCAUGUGGAUCGUAGUGAGUUUGCUCUGCUGCUUCGUGCUCGGAGGGCUGCCGCGGGCAGGCGGCUCGUGCCCAUCACAGUGCAGCUGCGCCUUCCACAGCCUCAGCGAAGGGACGAAAGCCAGGACGGUGCUGUGUAAUGACCCAGAGAUGACCCUCACUCCAGUGAACAUCCCGGUAGAUACAUCCAAGCUUCGGAUAGAAAAGACAGCCAUCCGCAGGGUGCCAGGAGAGGCCUUCCAUGAGCUCCACAACCUGGAGUACCUCUGGCUGCCCUAUAACUCCCUGGUCAGCCUCAGUGGGAUCACCUUCAGGGGCCUUUAUCUCCUGCAGGAGCUGAGGCUGGAUGGGAACAACUUAAUAUUGUUCCCCUGGGAAACCCUGGCUGACAUGCCACAGUUAAGGCUUCUGGAUUUACACAACAACGAACUUACCUCAAUCUCUCCAGAUGCUGCUCGUUAUGUCAAGAAUAUCACAUACCUGGACCUGUCUAGCAAUAAGCUGAUGACUCUUCCUCAGGCUCUUAUUGCCACCUGGGUCAACCUCCAGGCCGUUCCUUACUUCCCCAACGAUAACUCCAAGAUCAUCCUAGGCUUCCAAGACAAUCCUUGGGUAUGUGACUGCAGCCUGUAUGAAAUGGUCCAUUUCCUAAACUUCCAGUCUCCUAACAUAGCAUUCAUUGAGCCCAGGCUGAAAUGCUUCACCCCCCAGAGCCUUGCAGGAGUCUUCUUCAGCCAAGUCGAGCUAAGGAAGUGUCAAAGCCCUGUUGUACAUACGUCCGUAGCCAAAGUAAAGACCAUCCUGGGCAGCACUGUGCUACUGCGAUGUGGGACAACAGGGGUGCCCAUUCCUGAGCUCAGCUGGAGAAGAGCUGAUGGUGCUCAACUAAACGGCACAGUUCACCAAGAGAUUUCCAGUGAUGGGAUGAGCUGGUCUAUUCUGGGCCUGCCUGUAGUCUCUUAUCUUGACUCUGGGGAGUACAUCUGCAAAGCAAAAAAUUUUCUGGGGGCAACAGAGGCAUUCAUAUCUCUCAUCAUCACAGACUCAGAAAGCACAGAUGACCCCGACUCUAACGCCAAAGGCGCAUGGAGCAGGAAGGUAAGCAGGAUGGAAGCAGCUGCCUACAAUGACAAGCUAGUGGCAAGGUACGUUAUCACCACCUCCACCGUGCCUACCCUGGGGGCUGGGGUGGGCACCGGAGAGAGCCUCCUUCUCCCAGAUGUGGCACAAGACAGCAACCCCAGGAACCUGCUGGUGAGCCCGCCUACCGGUCACCAGGAGCCGGAGCACAUGGUGAGGUCCGUCAGGGUGAUAGGAGACACCGACCAGAGUAUCACCCUGGCCUGGAAGGCACCUCUGGCAAACAACACGACAGUGUUCAGUGUCUUUUAUGCUGUCUUUGGUGAGAGAGACAUGCGGCGGAUCAACGUGGAGCCAGGGAAGACCAAGGUCAGCGUUUAUGGGCUGCUGCCGAAGACCAAAUACAUUGCGUGUGUCUGCGUGAAAGGACUGCUCCCCAGGAAGGAGCAAUGCAUUAUCUUUUCCACGGACGAAGUUGCCAGUGCAGGAGGGACCCAAAAGCUCAUCAAUGUGGUUGUCAUCAGCGUGGCCUGUGUCAUUGCUGUUCCUCUGACGCUGGUUGUCUGCUGUGGAGCACUGAAAAGGCGCUGCAAAAAAUGCUUUGUGAGGAAAGCCAAGGAAAAUCAGGAGUCUUAUGUCACCUUUGAAAGCCUGUCUCCUGGGGCCAAGGUGAAAGGCGUGGAAGGAGAAUACUUGACUAGACAUAUCCCCGAUGAGUCAAACAGGCUGCUGUCUGCCCGAUCCAGCGUGGACUCAGAAGCAAUACCAAAGAUAGAGGGGCAACCUAAUGAAUACUUUUGCUGAUACUAGCUAGGCUGAUUGUCGGCUCCCCAGGUGGAAAGCAUGUGGCUGUAUAUGCGACUCUCUGCUCCAGCACUGCAGGCCAGCCUGUCUCUGACAUGUUCUGGAGGUGGAUGCAAGAGGGUACCAAGCUUUACAGAAACAUGCUGCUCAUCCCACUUGGGGUUUUCUGUUUUGUACCCAGUCAAAAGCUUCUGUGAUAAUGGCCUCGUUCUCCUGGACCACUUUUAUUUUCGUAAAAUGAAGCGUGCACACUGGGUGUGAGGACAUUAAGCAACAUUUCUGAGUGUGGUCUGCUUGGUGUUGCUUAGUACCUACUCUACAAUAUGUUAAGUAUUUUAUUCUCAGCUCUUUUGAUGUUCUUUUGGUUGACAAACAGGGGAGCGUUUAGUAAUUUUAAUAUAAAUAUCUACGAAGGUGAAGAUUGAGAGUCUCAUCUUCUACGUCCCCCAUGUUUGCAUGAAACAUGCUACUUGAUGCUUAAUAGAUCACUAAACACAAAUGUACAGAAGCCCUUUCUAGUAUGUCCAACAUAAUAACAGCUCUAUGCUCUGAAUUCAGAGAAAUGUGCAGAGGAGAUGGAAAUCAAGAGACAAAACCCAAUCCACUCUUAAGAAUACAUAAUAGAGAGCAUUUUGUGAUUGCAUUUUGGCCCUGGACACUAUUCUUAAGACUUUCUUGAACAACGGUACCACACAGGUCUUUCAGUAUCAGUCCUUGCUGGCAUUUUGUAGCUGUAUUGUAAUUAGACUAUGUUUUAUAUCAGCUGUGCUAGUUAAAGAUCAUAGAAUAGCUUACUCUGCAAAUUGUGCAUGGUGAUGUAAUGCUUUGUAAUCAGUACUGAAAAAUCUACAUUAGACAGUUCUGCAAAAAUCUCCCAGACAAGCCCUGUCAUUGCUGCUGGCUCUCCUGACAAAACUGGUGCUGAAGACCAGAAGGAUCAGCCAGGCACUCGUGGUUUGGUCAUGAAAACACCUUGCUCUGUGCUGAGCAGGGAUACGUGAUGUGGUGGCAGACUGCUGGCCAGGAACACAUUAGCUGUACUUCCACCAUGGCAUCAGUGGUGGCAGAGGAUCUAUGCAGACUUUUGUGUUUCAAACAUUUUACCAAGCUCAAGAACCCUGAAAAAAACUGACUAAUAUUAAUCUAAAUGUACUUUCAGAGCCAGGGUGAGCUAAUCAGUUAUUUAAGUCCUGCAGCUCCGCUGGAAUUUGGAUCUGAGUGAUUACCACAAAGCACUUCCCAACUGUAUAAUUUUCCACUCCAGUCUCUCAUGUAGUAAUACUGUAUAUAAAGUCUUUCCCUUUUGUAAUAAAUAUACUUCAUGAAGAAAAUUAUAUAUGUUCUGCCAAAUGUUGAAUGGGAGGGAUCCACCCCAGUUGAAAUGAUAAUUGAUAAAGCUUGCUGAAUUGUUUUGAAAUGUGUAUUCAUAAACCUAUUGGAAGGAUCUCCACUCACAUUCUGGAUGUGUAUGUACGGUGUGGGUUAACAAAAUUCACUGGUUGGAAUGGAGCCCUGUAUGGAUUUCGCAAGUCCUCAUACAGAAGGGUUUCAGUUAUGUCAGAUUACCUGUCCUGAUGGAAAAAGCAAGUCAUCUGAUCUCAACAUAAGUACUACAACAGGCGAUAUGUUACAAUAGUUUGUGAUAGGACUCCCUGCAUUCCUUACAUUAAUGAGAAAGAACUUCUCUUUUAUUGAGAGAAUUUGUCAAUCCCUGUAUAAAAUGUUACUUCAUUCAGUGGACUGCAUAGAUUUUUAGAUUUCCAAAUAAUGUUUUGCAAAAUUAUGUAUUUUACUACAACAAAUUAAUUGAUGAAAUAUGUAGUAUGUAACAGAUCUGUUUAUUGUUUUUACAGUUGCAUUUCCCAGGAUGAUUUUUAGAGUCUCUCUCCAAGGUAAAACAAAAAUAUUUUUCCAGUAGCAAUUUUUGGGAUGAGUUGCAAGGAUUGCUGUAUUAUUGAGCCUGAUUCCUGCCCACAUCUGCAGCAGUAUGCAGAAACCAGCCUGAUGUGGCCCUGGAUGGAUAAGCUAGCUCUGAAAAAUCAAGGCUGACCUAAAGUUCUCCUGUGGUGAAUAGCGUGGACCUACUGCCCAAGGACUUUCCUGUAAGUCAGGUUUGCAGGAGCUGACUGGCAAUGAGAGGUAUUCACCUUUGGCUGCCUGGAGGCAGGAGCUGGGUAAUUUGCUGCAUCCUGCCCUGGUGAGGAGCAGCUCUUGCCCUCUCCAUCAGUGCAUGCUCUGACGCACGGUCUGUGAGUCAGCAAUGGGAAAGGCACUGCCUGGGCCAGCGCUGUCACUUUUUGCUUGCAAGGUGGGGAGGAUGGAGAGGUCAUCCCGUGACAUUCGCUGCAAAUGUGUUAAGUUUUACAGACUCUAUUGGGUAUUUUUUGCACUUUCAAUAAAUAGUGAUCCCAAAUAGAACAAACAUGAUUUUUCUAUUUCCUAUGACUAUUCUCACUGUCUCAUAGGUGAGGCAUCACAGUUUAGCAUCUCAACUGCUGCUGCUCCAAAACAAGCCUAUCUCUCUACUGCACUCAUGAUUCACACAGGAUAAUCAAUAGAUAGGAACUUGUAUAAGCAUCCGGUGUUGGUCAGAAGAGAAAGCCUAUACUUGCUAAACUGCAGGUGAAAUGUCAAGCCAUUAAAUAACCUGAUUUUCAACUGAAUGUGACUUCAAGGCUCUGGGUCAGAUUAUCAGUGGUAUGAGGCAUGUAAAGAUAAAUGCCUCACUACAUUUUUGUUGUUGUUGUUUUAACCAAAGGAGUGUUAGGCAUCUAGUUUCAUUAGGGUUAGCUCAAGCAAGCCUCCUUCUCUGGUCAUAAGACACAUGAAUGGAGCUGGCUCCGAGUUCAGGCAAGGAGAAUAUUCAUCCCUGGAAACAAUUUCUUACUCACUUAAAGUCAAUCCUUAAACAGAGAUGUGCUGUAAGAACUGAAAUGAACAUCUGAAUAUCUUUUGGAAUUACUGUAUUAGAAGCAUUUUUUUUUUUUUUUUUUUUUUUAAUAUACUUUGCUCUGUUUGGUUUUCUUUUUCCUUGGAAAAUGUUUCCUCUGUUAAUAAUCUCUUUAUGUCAGGUUUUGACUAAUUGGUUGCUUUUUGGGAUCUGUUUAAAAUAUUUUGCCGCUGUCAAGCAAUUUAUUUUGGAAUCUCUUGGAGUACAAUGUUCCUUACUUUCACUAAUAACCAUUUAAAAAUUUCUUCUCAGAUGAGUGUUGAGACACUUCCGUAAUACUUAGGAAUAAAGCAACUGUCCAUCUGCAUGAGGCAGGAGGUUUGCACCGGCUGCCUGGGCUGAGUGCUUUGGUGACCACUACAAACCAAUCCUUGAUGGGCACUUCAUGGGAUAUAUAACAGACAAGCUCCUCCUUCCACAAUAUCUUUUUAUACUUAUUUUGGAAAUCAGUGUAGUACAACAUUACAAAA